AUGAGAGCUGCGAAAGGAGUAACCGGGCAGAUAAAAUUGAACAUAAGUUAACGUGCACAUAGACACAUUAAAUAUGGAACAGUACCGCAGUUGUAUUACGACGGUUCGUUAUGACAUAGAAGUUGUACGGUGUUCUGUCUUUCUUCGUUUUUGUUGUUAGCUACAUGGACGUUGAACUAGCUGGCUAACGUUAGCCACCUCCCUGUCGCGAGCAACGCCGGGGUGUAUAUCUUCGUUUAGGCUUCGGCUCAUCACCGUACUGCAGUAUGUUACAGUGGCUAAAAAGAGGGCCAGGGCUCGGUUAUAGCAUUUGAGCGUUACCGCUGUGCAAAAACAGCGUCAGUUCUCACCAUUGGUCAACAAUGCACAACCCUUUGCAAGCUAUAAUUAAUCCCAUAUUCUAUGCAAGUUAGCCAGCCAGCUUAGUCAGUAGUUAAUAUGAUGGUGCAGUACAGAAAUUAAUUGCAAGUAACGUUUCAGUGCCCGUGGUACAGUGCUGCCGUUGUAUUCCCAAAAAGUUUCCAACUUGGGGAUCAUACAAGGCAGCAUGGAGCGAGGAGACACCAUGGAGCGAGCUGGCAGCAUCCAACUGGACAUCCCUGACUUCAGCAACUCUGUGCUGUCCCACCUGAACCAGCUGCGUAUGCAGGGGCGGCUGUGCGACAUUGUGGUGAAUGUGCAGGGCCAGAGCUUCCGCGCUCACAAGGUGGUGCUGGCUGCCAGUUCCCCUUACUUCCGAGACCACAUGUCGCUGAGCCAGAUGAGCACUGUAUCCCUGUCAGUCAUCCGCAACCCCUCUGUGUUCGAGCAGCUCCUCUCCUUCUGCUACACCGGGAGGCUGUGCAUGCAGCUGGCGGACAUCAUCAGCUACCUGACAGCUGCCAGCUUCCUGCAGAUGCAGCACAUCAUCGACCGCUGCACCCAGAUCCUGGAGGGCAUCCAUCUGAAGAUCAGCCUGGCGGAUGUGGAGGAGGAGCUGGGGGUCGGAGUGAGGCACAGGGGGGCUGGGAGCUUGGAGGCCAGAAGAGGAGGAGGGGGGUUAGGAACAUCAGGGGGCUCGCGCUCCCUUAGCCCGCGCCACAGCAGCCCCAGGGUUCUGGGCCUUCGAGGAAGCAGUGCUGGAGGGGCCUUGGAUAUCCGGGAGGUGGGAAGCCCAGCGGGGGAGUCCAUGAGCCCCCAAAUGGUGGAGCACAGCGGGCUGGGCCCAGAGGGGCUGGCUAGGGGGGUGGUAGUGGGCAGCAGGCUGGGGAAGGAGCCCAUACUGCGCAUCAAUCGGGCUGGCCAGUGGUACGUGGAGGCCGAGUCAGAGAGAGGGAGUGGUGGUGAAGAGGGGGAGUCAGUGCGGGUGGUGGACGGGUUGAGGAUAAAGACUGAGAGGAUGGAGGAGUGGAUGGGGGCCGAUACCCAGGAGGAAGGGAGCGGGGCGGAGGAGGGAGCAGCCAUGAUGAUCGACACGUCCGGGCGCAGCUCAUUGGUGCAGGAGGGUUUUGUCACGGGGGCCAAAAGCUCUCAGCCCUCCAGCAGUUUCAGUGAGACAGAGAGGUUUAGUCCUACUGGCAGUGUGGUCGUGAUGGCCGAGAGACAGAGAGCCAAAAGUGAGUCACCCAGCAGAGCGGACAACCAGCGCCACACCAGCUCACAGGGGGAGGAGCAGGCCGUGUUCGACAUGGGUGGUUACGAGGAGUACCUGCGUGAGCAGGUGGGUGACCGCUGGUUCCGCUACAACCCUCGGCUCACCUGCAUCUACUGCUGCAAGUCCUUCAACCAGAAGGGCAGCCUGGACCGCCACAUGCGGCUACACAUGGGCAUCACACCUUUCGUUUGUCGCAUCUGCGGCAAGAAGUACACCCGCAAGGACCAGCUGGAGUACCACAUUCGCAAGCACACAGGAAACAAGCCCUUCCAUUGCCACGUCUGCGGGAAGAGCUUCCCCUUCCAGGCCAUCCUCAACCAGCACUUCCGCAAGAACCACCCGGGCUGCGACCCUCAGGAGGUGGCCCACAGUGCCUCCCCAGAGACCACCACCGUCUCCUCCCUGGGGGGCCAGAACGAGGAGGAGUCGCCCAGCCAGGAGGAGCCAGAGGGGGGUAGCAACGGAGGUGGGGCCUCUUUUGGAGAGGGUGCCCAGGCCUCGGUCUCCACCACUGGGCCUGAUUGACCCAGUGGACCAUGGAGGGAGAUGGUUGGGCUAUGGGAGA